UGUCAGCGUGUCAGUGUUUCGCAGUCGCGGAAAAGCUUAGCUUCUGCUGGGAUGCGUCGUUCUUCUGCGAAAGAGAGAGAAAGAAUGGAUGAAGAAGAAGGUAUGGAGGUGUUGGAUUCCGCUUUGUCUCUCAUCAAUUGGCGCCUCAAACCUUCUUCAAAGCGUCGUCUUCAAUUAGAUAUGAUGGCACUCUCCACAAGAUUGAGACCCGUAGUAAUGGUGGACUACGGUGGAAUCAUGCCUCAGCUUCAGCACCAUCUCUCUCACCUCCUCCAAUUCAUUCACAAAGAAUCCCCAAUUUUCGAGCAUAUCAGAUUGAUGGUUAUACAAGACAUGAUAUACUUGAUUCAUCUACUUGAACUUGCUGAAUAUGUUAAAUCAAGCUUCAACAAUGAAAUUCCGUUGCACUUUGUUGAUCUUCAACACGAACCUCCAAAGAUGGUAACAAACAUUGAGGAGAGUCCAUUAGCAAUGCAGCUGGUUUCAAUUCAGAAGCUGUUCUUGACAUUGUUUCCUACUACUCCUCAAGAAGGAACCAGCAACAAUGAUCCUGCACCGACCAAUGAUUCGAAAUGUGUGGAUGAUGAUGCAGAUUUGGCUAGUAAGCGUGUUCACUCUCAUUCUGCUGCUGAGUGUAUUGAUCUCAGUAGCUGCAUGGACAACACUGAUGUCACUGUGCCAACCUUGAAUGGAUGGCUUCUAGGAUAUCCAGUGGUGUAUUUAUUUGGCAAGGAGCAUAUUGCUGAUGCUAUUUAUAAUCUUUCGACCAAAUAUCUUAAUAUUUUCCAAGUGUUCAUCUGCAGGAAUAAUACUCUCAAGAAAGGAACACAAGCAGAAGAACUGUUAAGUUUUUCAGUGCCUUAUGAUCUAAGCAUUAGAGGUAGCAAUGAACAAUGGGCAGAGGCCUUCAUGGCUAACAUGCAGACCAAGUUUGAAAGAUGUGCAAAUGCUUGGAAAUCGUUAAAGAUGGAGGUUAGUGAGUGCAAUCCUCAAGCUAUCGUGCUAUAGUUGUCACCACUCACCUCAUCUAAUCCUCCUCUACCGUUGAACAAUGUAUAUUAUGCAAAGGGAAAUGCUAGGGAGCUAGCAUUUCUAGUAGAAAAGAAAAAUUGAUUAGUGUCGACUUAAAUAUAAGGCAAAUAUAUUAAAAAACUGUUGGUCA